AUGUCGCAAGCUGUCGACCUCAAGAACCAGGGCAAUAAGGCCUUUGCCGCUGGCGACUUUCCAGCAGCGGUCAAGCUCUAUUCACAGGCCAUCGAGCUCAAUGACAAGGAGGCUACUUUUUUCACCAACCGUGCUCAGGCAUACAUCAAAACAGAGGCCUUUGGAUACGCCAUCAUAGACGCUGGCAAGGCCAUUGAGCUCAACCCCAAGCUUAUCAAGGCUUACUACCGCCGAGGUCUUGCCCGAACCGCCAUCCUGCGCCCGAAGGAGGCUGUCGAAGAUUUCAAGGAAUGUGUCCGCCUUGACCCUGCCAAUAAAGAUGCGCGGUUGAAGUUGGAGGAGUGCAAGAAGAUUGUACGGCAGCUUGCCUUCUAUGCCGCCAUCGAGGUUGGUGAUGAGCCCUCUGCCGCCGAGGGCCUGGAUGUUGCUUCCAUGUUCCUCGAAGACAACUAUGAUGGUGCCAAGCUUGGGGAUGAAAUGACACAGGAAUUUAUCGACGACAUGAUUCAGAGAUUCAAGGACGGCAAGAAGAUUGCCAAGAAAUACGUCUACCAGAUCCUCUUGGCUGUCAAGAAGAUCUUCUACGAUGAGGCCACCAUGGUCGAGAUGGAGAUUCCCGACGAUGUUCAGCUGACAGUUUGCGGUGACACACAUGGUCAAUACUUUGAUCUCUUGGAGCUGUUCCGCAAAAACGGCCUGCCCACUGAUAAGCACUGGUACCUAUUCAACGGUGACUUCGUCGACCGUGGAUCUUGGUCUUGUGAGAUUGCCCUGCUACUCUACGCUUACAAGUGGUUGCGCCCCAAUGGCUUCUUCCUCAAUCGUGGUAACCACGAGACGGACGACAUGAAUAAGGUCUACGGCUUUGAAGGAGAAUGCAAGGCCAAGUACAACGAGAGAAUUUUCAAGAUCUUCUCCGAAAGCUUCUCGGCUCUGCCCCUGGCCACCCUUGUCGGCAGCAAGUACCUGGUUCUUCACGGCGGCCUCUUCUCCGACGACAAGGUUACCCUCGAUGACAUCCGCAAACUCAACCGACACAAGCAGAAGCAGCCUGGCCAGGCUGGCCUAAUGAUGGAGAUGCUCUGGACUGACCCUCAAGAAGAGACGGGCCGCGGACCCAGCAAGCGUGGUGUCGGCAUGCAGUUUGGUCCUGAUAUCACCAAGCGCUUCUGUGAGAACAACGGCCUCGAGGCCAUCAUUCGAAGCCACGAAGUCCGCAUGGACGGUUACGAGGUCCAGCACGACGGCCGAUGCAUUACCGUCUUCUCCGCCCCCCGGUACUGCGACUCAACAGAGAACCGCGGUGCUUACAUCAACGUCCGCUCGGACUACAAGCUGCAGUAUGAGCAGUUUGAUGCCGUUCCCCACCCGGAUAUUCGACCCAUGGCCUAUGCUCAGAACUCGCUCAUGUCUUCGCUGGCGUAA